UGUUGAAUGAACGUAUUUUUUCCGCCAUUGAACAGAGUGAGGUGAAGUGAUGUGAAAAGAAGUGUUAUUUUUCGUAUUUUUACUGUCGAAAUACAAGACAAGAGCAGAUCAUCAGUCAGAGAAGAAGAAGAAGAGCCCUAACAGUGUUUCAGCCAGUUGACCAUGAUUGAUCCUGGUUACAUCCCUGAAGAUCUCACUCAAUACUUACUGAAUUACUCUGGCAAUGAAGAGGAGCAUAACAGCUGUGAUGAUACACAGCUAUGUGAAGUAGAUUCAAAUAACUAUGAGAGUAUCUUCAUCCCACCAUAUGUCAAAACCCCAAGAGAACUUCACCCCAAUCAAGACGAUCAAGAAAGCUUUCAAGAUUCUGGGAUGUCUGAAGAUGAAAGUGAUAGUGACCUUUCUCCACUUCAGAACAAAACUAAGGAAAACAUUCACAAUGCACCAAAUUCUAGUAAAUUGAAAUCAGCCAAGAAAAAAUCAAAACCUCAGCAAAAAACUAGAAAGAACUUGAAGUCCAACAGUGACUGCGGUAGUGUUAAAUCAGACAAGAAUAAAAAAGCUGUAACUAAGAGUAGUAAGAAAAAAAAAGAUGUAACCUCAGAAGAUACACUAGGUUCCAAUGCUUCCGGCAAAAUAAGUGCUAAAAAACGACCAUUGUCAKAUGAGGCUAAAGGUAAUUCUCCUCCAAAUCCAUCCAAAAAGAAAAAGAAAACAAAUGAGGAUUCAGAUGAAAUAGAUAGAGUGCCAAGUGCUUGUCCAAACCAAGACACAGGAAACUCAAUCGCCAUGGAGAUUUUUGGGGAUGUUAGCUCUUCUGAAGAUGAACAUGAGGUUAUUCCAAAAAGUAAUGACAACACUUCAACUUGUCAAGUAAUUGUGAAUAAUUGCCAAGCUGAUGUAGAUGAGAUUUCAAAGAAUUUCCAAGCAACAGCAGAUGGAUCAGAUGAUAACAAGGUAGAAAAUACCUCCUCUACAGAUAACAAGGAGCCAUCAAGUAAGAUAACAUCAAUCUCUAUUGACAGCUCGUCAUCAGAAGGAACAGAAAAUAAGAGGGGAAAAAAAUCAACCUCUAAAGCUAAAAAGAUUUGUACUAUCCCGACUGAAGAUACACAGGAUGGCAGUUUUCUCUUUGAUCCCAGUGAGGAAAUGGUUACUUAUUUGCAAAAAAAUAAAAACAAAAAUAUUUCACGGCGAGUUCAUAAUAAAUCUAGUAACAGCUCAAAACCUAAGGGGAGUGGUGCUCAUAAACCUGUAUCAUCCAAAAAGACUACAAUAAAAGAUGCGAGUGAGCAUAGUAGUUCUGUGAUGAAGGAUGCUCAAAAAAAAAAUUCUCAAUCUCCUCGAGGGAAAAAAGUCACUUCACAGAGAGGCAAAACUCCUAAGAAAUCAGCAACCACAAAUGAUAGUGAUGGUAAGAGUACUCUGUGCCCUAAGAAGAAUACUUUAGUCAAGUCAUCUCCAAAUAGUUCAAAUGCUACACCUGCUACAGCUGCUGAAAGGCAUAAGUGGUAUAGAGAAAAGAGGAAGAAAUAUUUCGAAGACCUUGAGAAGGAAGUGGAAAGUUUGAGGACAGAAAAUGAGAGCCUUAAAAGGAAUUUGAAAGUCAAUAGUUUUGAUCAAAACAUGAAUAACAAUAAUGACAAUAUAAGUGAUAAAGAGAUGGGUUCACAUACUAAUGACUUGGAAUACAACAAAGGUAACUUGCAAGCAGAGAAGAAGAAUCACAAAAAUACAAAGGAAAUGAGUCUCUUCAUUCAAGAUCUGAAGGAGGAAAUACGACAGUUACAGAGGGAGAAUGAAAACCUUAUCAGUGUAGAAGACAUGGAGUCAAUUGUUGAUGAUUUGAAGGAACAAAUAAGUCAGUUAAAGAAGCAGAAGAAUGUUCUAGAAAUGAAGGAAAAAGAAGCAGACUCACUUGUCUGUAGUUUAAGGCAAGAACUUGGCCAGCUGAAGAAACAAAAUGAAGGGUUAAAAACCCAGAAGUUGACUGUCAAAGAUUUCAAGGACAAAAUACCUCCAUUGGAAAAAGAAAGGAAUGAACUGAAAAGCGAGGUAAAAGAGAUGGAAUUGUUUAUCGAAGAUCUGAAAAAAGAUAUAAAAGAUUUGACUGAUGAGAAAGAAGGAUUUAUGACAAGUAGCAAAGAAAUGAAUUUGCUGGUAAAUAAGUUAAAAGAAGAAAUAGAAACUUUGAAAAAGAACAAAGAUGAUCUUGUAAAGAAUGAAGAAGAGAUGAAUUUGAAUCUAAAAGAAUUGAGAGAAAAAUUGAAUGGAUUGAAGGAACAAAACAAUGAUCAUGUAAACAUUGCCAGAGAAACAGACUCCGUCUUAAAAUCUCUGAGAGAAGAAUUGGUUGAAAUGAAAACAGAGAAGGCAGUUGGUGAAGGCAAUGUUAGAGAAAUGGAAUCUACAAUUAACACCUUGAAAUGUGAAAUUAGUGUAUUAGAGAAAGAGAAGAAAGAACAAAAGACCAAUUUUGAGAAUAUGGAAAAAGAAAAAAUGAGUUAUCAAAACAGUUUCAUGGAGAUGGAUUCAGUGAUCAGAAGCUUGAAGUGUGAAAUUGGUAAAUUAGAAAAAGAAAGAGAAACCAAUCAAAGCAAUGCAAAGGAAUUGGAAAGUAUGAUUAACAAUUUGAAUUGUGAAAUAGACAAUUUGAAGACAGAGAAAGAUGUCCUGGAGAAGAAACGAAAGGAAAUGGAGUCACUCAUCGAAGGUUUAACAAAUGAAAAUAUUGAUUUAAAGAAUAAAGUGAAGAAUAAGGAUGAUUCAUUUGCRCAGGAACUGGAAGGAAAAUCUGGUCAACUAUUGACGAAUAACGAACAAACUGUUAGAUUUCUAAGUGAAGAAGCUCCACAUUCAAAGAACACUGACAUUAUUGGCAGAAAAGUGAGCAGUUUUUCUGAAGAACUGGAGCAACUGCGAAAAGAGAAGGAAGAGUUAAAGCAAAAUACUGGAAAGUUGGACUUAAUUCUACGAGAUAUGAAAAAUGAAUUUGGUGAAUUGAAAAAUGAGAAGGAAAAAAGUAAAAAAAGCUCUGAAGAAAUGGUCACAAUGGUGCAAAGUAUGAAAGAAGAUUUGGACAAACUAAAAAGCAAAGAAAAGGAUAUAUGUGAUGAUGUAGAAGAAGAUCAUUCAAGGAAAGAUAAAAGACACUGUUUAACAGCUGAAGACAUGUCACAUUUUGUUAAAGACUUGAAAGAUGAGAUAGGAUAUCUAAAGGGAUUGAUAAUAAGCCAAAGUGAACUGUCAGCUCUUGUGAAGCAUGUUGGUACUUUUCCAGGAUUUGAAUCAAGUGAAGAACAAGUCAGUGGUAAAAGGAAACUGGAUUGUGUAAGUGAUGAAACUGGCAAUGAAAACAAGCUGCAAAAAUCAGGUAAUGGUCAAAGUACAGUUAAGCCAGGUGGGGUUUGCCUACACAUUAACAAUGGUAAGAUGUCGGUAGAGUUUUGCAGUACUUGCAGUAGGAGUUCAAGUUCCUAGUUUGAUCCUCAUAUCAAACGUCAUUGCUAAACAGGUAAAAAGGCCUUGAAUACAGGUUAAUAUCAAGUGUCUAUAGACUGGUAAGAAUACAGAGUUUAACAAUACAAUACUGGUUGAAAAGACUUCAACAGUUUGUAUGUAGUACGACUGAGCUAGAUGGUGAAGUAUGAUGAUCUUCCAAGCUACUGUGCUAGAAUAUUAAAGCUACUACAACACAAACUAACAUAUCCAGUAAUUAAUAAUUAAUAGUGGUUAGUUUAUGACAUAAAGUUCAAUUUUUUUCCUCUUUCYAGUAUGACACAAACAUUUUCCAAGUUGUCUGUCAUUUCAGGUCAUCUUUCUGACUAAAUCCUGGUUGGACUUUGGCCUUCAUAUUUCCCCCUAGGGUUAGUAUAUUCCCCUUUGAUUCUCUCCCAUUCUUUUUUGGUGACAUACAGGUCCUAACAGACUCUUCAUAUUUUUUACUUAGUUAUGGAUGCUUUUGACUCCUUGCACCUCCCGGAGUCAAGUAUCAGCUCAAAACCUGAGUUAAAAAUGCUCUAUUUCCCCUUGUAUCUGUAAGUAUGUUAUUGAAGGGGAAAUCAGGUAAAGUCUAAUAAGUCACUCACAUUUUGCUUCAGAAAAUAUUUUUUUCUAAACGUUAAAUAAUUUGUGUUGAGAAGCUAUGAAAAUGCAGCAUCUGUUUUUUGUCCAGCUGCACCAAAAAGAGAUUUUAGGAGCAUUCAAUUGGAGAAAUGAAAACUUUAACUGUAACUAGAGUGCAUCCAUGUUGUAAGAUUUUAUAUAGAAACUUGUCUAACAGCACUGGUGCACACUAAUCAAUAGGUAAUCAAAGCUUUUGUCUAUCACUAAAUCUGCUGAUUUAUAACUYAAAAUGCAGUCAUGCCAAAAUCACACAUCUCUGAUAAUAAAUUUUAUUGAAGUAACAUAAUUAGUAACUAAUUAGUCAUUGCAACUGCAAUGGUCUCACUUUCCAGACAAUAUUCAUGAUGCCAAAAGACUUACUUGAACAGUGUUAGCUGAUAAAAAUAAAACUGUCAAUUGACUUGUCUUUCCAGUUGGGUUGAGAAGCGAUAUUUGGUUUAACAAAAAUAAAAAUAUUGUAAAAACUA